AUGAUAAAUUCUACUAUCUAAACUGAUUGGAUUAAAUAAGGUAUAAAGAUUAUAGCAGAAUGUAGCCUAUUAGAAAAUAAUGCAAACUUCGGUGACAUUACACUUAGGAAUGUAACACUUUAUGGAGAGAAAUAUUUGACUAUCUCAGAACCAAUGAUUUUCAUAAAUAGUAUCAACAACAUCACAGUAGAUUAGUGUAGCUUUAAAUCUUACACUAAGCUGGGAGAUCCUAAUCUGCAUCAAGUUUUAAUCGAUUCAGUUGACAGUUGUAUGGUUACUGAUAUAAAUGAUAAAAGAAUAAGAUAUCUAAACUACACUAAUAAUUAUUAAACAACCGAAACUAAAGACUGGCAAGAUUCGGUUUCUCUAGUUUCUAUUUAAAUUGGUAGAGGAGGUGACUAGGUUAGGAAAAUUGUUGAAAUAAUUGAAAACAUAACUGUUGAGAAUGCUCAUUCUCAUAGAGACUUUGUGAAAAUUGGAUCAUUUUUACCAAGUCUUACUUUAAAGAAUUUUUUCUUUAAAAAUGCGGUAUUACACUAUCAGCCUACUUAUGGAGUUAAUGCUACUCUAAAUGGCGAUCUUUAUGUUAAAAGGGUAUUCAAAACUUAAAGAAUUGUCUUUGAGAAUGUGAUUGUCAAAAAUAUUCAUUAUGCUUAUUAAUUAAAGGUCAUGAGCUAUUUCUUAAGGAUAGAUGUGCUUGAACUUUAUGAGAACUCUUUAAAUUCUACAAUCACUAAUUUGAGUUAUGUUGAUAAUUCAAUUAACUUCAUUAGGUUUAAAGGUUAUCAACUAGCAGGAAUUAGAACCCCUAUUAAUUAUCAGUUUAAGUUUGAAAAUAUGAAGAUUCAAGACAAUCAAAUGGAAGAUGGAAUGAGUAUCUUUGAAUUUGAUUCUUAUGUGAACACUUUGAAUCUUAGAAUAGUUAUAUCCAAAGCAAUCUUCAGAAAUAAUACUUUUAAGUCAAAUGGAAAUUUAAUUCUCGCCACUUGUAAUGAUCAAUCUCCAAUCUUAAUUCAGGAAUCUAAAUUUAUUGAAAAUAUUAGAGCUCAGAUUUUGCUUUAGGCAACAGAUAAAGAAUAUGUUAAAUUACCUUUGUAGUUAAUGAUAGUUGCAUCUGAAUUUAUUAGAAAUCAGCCGAUUGUUGAUGCUAUGAUUAAACUUAAAACAAACUCUAAAUUAUUUGUCUAUGAUUCUUAUUUUAAGGAAAACUAUUCUAAUUCUAGAGGCAGUGUGAUCUUUGGAGAUUUUGAAAAUACAGAGAGUUUUAUCCACAAUUCAACUUUUGUCAAUAACUUUGCAUAGACUGGAGGAGUAUUUUACUCUUGGUACAAUAGUAGUAUAAUAUUCGAGCAUUGCAAAUUUUAUCAAAACUUCGCAAAUAAAGGAGGCAUUGGAUAUAUCAAAGACAAAGCCACAAUUAAAAUAAAAAACUCAAUUAUUAAAUAGAACUAUGCCUAAUACUCAAAUAUUUUUUUGUUGGAAAAUUCUUUUGAAGAUACUUCAAUAAUUCAAGAUACAUUAAUUUAGGAAAAUUAAUCUAAAAAAAUUACUGAUUUUUUGAAAAAUUUCUCUUCAUUUUAAUACUUAAUGGCAAUCAUCAAUGAGAUUGGUGACUAAGAGUAGAGCAAUAGUUUUGACAUUAGAAAUGGAUUAUUAACUCUAUUGAAUUGUUAGAAUGAUAAUUACUUCUUUUCAGCCACAUAAGCUGUGAUAAAUAUAAACAAUUCAAACUUUGAAUAAUUUGCUUAUCAAGAUGCUUUAAAGAAUACCUUGCCUCUAUUUCAACUUGCUCUUAAUACAGAACUUUAUAUUUUAAGGACCAACUUUUCCCAAAUAGAUAUAAACAUCAUUGAAAUGACUUAUUCUACCCUCUAAAUGUAAGGUGGCUCAAUUAGAUCUUUGAAAGACAUGACUUGUAACUAUAAGAUUUUGAAUUCAACAUUUUCAAAAAAUUAAGCUUUGAUUUAAGGAGGUGUGAUAAAUUAUAACAAAUAAAGACCAGAUAAUCUAGAUUCUAAUAUUUUUAUCAAUAAUUAUGCACCCUACGGUCCAAAUAUUUCAAGUUUUGCAAUUAGUAUUAGAUUAAAUUAAAGUCUUUAUUAAAAUGUGGCAAGUGGCUAGGACUUCAACUAAUCUAUUGAAGCAGAAUUAGUAGAUUUUGAUGAUCAAGUGAUGAUUGUAGAUUAACUUUCUACAUUGAUAAUUUCAGAGAUUGACGGCUUAGUUCAAGGUUAAAGAGUAGUCAAAGUUACGAAUGGAAAGACUGUAUUUAAUAGUCUCACAUUUAUCGUCUACAUUGACUUCAGGAUGUGCUUGAUAGGAGAAUAUGAAUUAAAUAAUUAAUGCAUUAUCUGCGAACAUGGCUACUUCUCUUUGAUUUAAGGGUCCUAUGAGUGCAAAGAAUGCCCAGAUAAUGCUGAAUGCCCUGGAGGAUCAAGAAUAAUAGUAGAGAGUGGGUUCUGGAGAUCAUCUAAUUAAUCUUCAACAAUAUUAUAAUGCUUGAAUAAAAAAGCAUGUAAGGGUGGUGAAUAUUAAUAAUAAGAUGAUAGCAAUCUUUGUAAAACUGGUCAUGGAGGAAAUCUAUGCGAAAGAUGUCUUGAUAUUAAUGGGACUAGAUAAACUAAGUCUUUUUCAAAUGACUGCGAACCCUGCCCAAAAAUCCAUGUAAAUGCAUUACUCUUGACAGCUAUAAGCAUUGGAAUUCUGAUCUAUUUGGGUUUGCUAAUAUCCUUAAAUCUUAGAGUUUCCUAGACUAAUAGCAAGGAUAGAUCAACAGUCCUUAAGAUCUUAACAAAUUUUAUCUAAAUGCUCACUAUAACUCUCUCAUUAAAGUUGGAUUGGCCUGUGACGAUGCAAGAUUUUCAUGAUGUUAUUGCUCAAAUUGGUUAAUCUUAAGAUUCUAUUGUAUCAGUUGAUUGUUUCCUUUCAGAGGCAUUACCUUCAAAUGCUGGCCGCUCUCAUAUUUACUUGAAAACAAUUAUUGUUGGUUUAAUGCCAUUAAUGAUAUUUGUGAUGAUUCUUGUAGUAAUGAUACUUUUCAUUAUUUUCUAAAAAAGGAAAUUCGAAAUUUUAAAAAAGUGGCUUAUAGCUAAGUAUAGAUUUAUUUACAGAGGCUUAAAGAAAAAUGUAUUCUAUUGGGAGAUUUUAAACAUUUCAAGGAAACUCUUUAUUGUAAUAGUGAAUGUUGUACUCUAAAAAUCAAUUAAUCUAUUCAAGGCAAUGCUUAUUCUAUUGGUCCUUGUUUCAUUCUUAAGAAUUCAAAUGAGAUACGAGCCAUAUAGAGUUUCAAUUUUAAAUGAACUUGAGAGGAGAGAGAUUUAAACUAAUAUUUUCAUCUAUUUCAUUAAUAAAGAAAAAGACAUAUAAAAGUAUUGGAAUUAAUAAGAUUACAAGGACACAUAAGAUUGUGAUGAAUUAAUGAAUUUACCUCUUGCACUUUAGGAUGAUAUUUUUACCAGUAAUAGGACAACUCUAAGAAACAAAACUAUCAGCUAGUCUGAAAACAAUGUCUUGAGAAAUAUAAAUGGCAUUAAAUAUUAAAAAAAGCAAUCAGUAAUCCCUGAGAGAAAAGUAUCUGGUAACUCUAGGAGAAAAUUACUCAAAUCCAAUAGGAAAAUUAACUUCUCUUCAAUAGAUAAUCAAUAAUUCAAUAUAAACAGCCUAGUCAAAUUCUAGAGCAGAAUGAUUAACCAAAUCAUUUUCAAGAAGAUUAGAUAGUCCAAAAUAAUAUUCCAUAGAAGAAAGUUUAAAAUAAAAAAAGAACCAUGA